CAGAGUACGUCUCGGUGUUCUCCGCCAUUUUGUAGAGGUAUAAGAUAACACGGCGAAGCUGAUAUCUCGCUGCUCUCAUCCUGUAGUUCUGUGUUGUGCAAUGGACGGCCGUCUAGAGACUGAUUUGUAUCCUAUGGGAUCCGGUUACGCUGCUGAAAUAGACAGUGUCCACGAUAUUACAGUUGGUACAAAGCGGGGAUCUGACGAACUUUUUUCCUCUUGCGUCCCUAACGGACCCUAUAUCAUGAGCAAUUCGGCUGCAGCAGCCAAUGGCAACGACAGUAAGAAGUUUAAAGGAGACCACAGAAGUCCUGGGGUUCCCUCGCGUGUGAUUCACGUGCGCAAACUUCCCAACGACGUCAAUGAAGCCGAGGUCAUUUCACUGGGACUGCCCUUCGGUAAAGUCACCAACCUGCUCAUGCUCAAAGGAAAGAACCAGGCUUUCCUAGAAAUGAACACAGAGGAAGCAGCACAAACGAUGGUCAGUUACUACUCUUCAGUGACCCCUGUCCUGAGGAAUCACCCCAUUUUCAUCCAGUACUCCAACCACAAGGAACUCAAGACAGACAAUUCUCCUAAUCAGGCGAGAGCACAAGCAGCCCUGCAGGCUGUGAACGCUGUCCAGACUGGGAAUGUAGCGAUGCAAGGCACUGUGGACACUGCUGGAUUGGGCAGUCAGAGCCCCGUCCUGCGCAUCAUUGUAGAGAACCUCUUCUACCCUGUAACGCUGGACGUCCUGCACCAGAUUUUCUCCAAGUUUGGCACAGUGUUGAAGAUAAUCACAUUUACCAAAAACAACCAGUUUCAGGCUCUCCUUCAGUAUGCAGAUCCCUUGGCUGCUCAGCAUGCUAAACUGUCUCUGGAUGGACAGAACAUCUACAAUGCUUGCUGCACUCUGCGCAUUGACUUCUCCAAGCUGACCAGCCUGAAUGUGAAAUACAAUAAUGACAAGAGCCGUGACUACACCCGGCCUGACCUCCCGACUGGGGAUAGCCAUCCCUCCAUCGACCAUCAGAGCAUGGCGGCCGCCUUUGCACAUGCUUCUCCCCGCUGGCCUGAUGUUGGCUGCUUCUUUCCUGCAGGUGCCCCUGGUCUAAUCUCAGCCUCCCCCUAUGGAGCUGCUGGGUUCCCAUCUGCCUUUGCCAUUCAACAGGCUGCAGGCAUGUCGAUGCAGGGUGUCCCCGGGGCGCUGGCCUCUCUGGGUAUCCCCGGUGCUGCUGCUGCUGCUGCUGCUGGAAGAAUGGGCUUCCCUGGCCUCGCCUCGGGUCACUCAGUCCUGCUGGUCAGCAAUCUGAACCCUGAGAGAGUUGCGCCCCAAUGCCUCUUUAUUCUUUUCGGUGUGUAUGGCGAUGUGAUCAGAGUGAAGAUCCUGUUCAACAAGAAAGAGAAUGCCUUGGUACAGAUGGCAGAUUCCAAUCAGGCUCAGCUGGCAAUGAGCCACAUGAAUGGGCAGAAGCUGCACGGGAAGGCGAUCAGGGUGACCCUGUCUAAACACCAGACAGUGCAGCUGCCUAGGGAGGGCCAGGAGGACCAGGGGCUCACCAAGGACUUCAGUAAUUCUCCCCUCCACCGCUUCAAGAAGCCAGGCUCCAAGAACUUCCAGAACAUCUUCCCUCCCUCUGCCACCCUCCACCUCUCAAACAUCCCACCUUCUGUGGUUGAAGAUGAUCUUAGGGUUCUGUUUAUGAGCUGUGGGGCAGCCGUCAAAGCAUUCAAGUUCUUCCAGAAAGACCGUAAAAUGGCGCUGAUCCAGAUGGGCUCUGUGGAGGAGGCGAUCCAGAGCUUGAUUGAGUUUCAUAAUCAUGACCUGGGGGAGAACCACCACCUGAGGGUCUCCUUCUCCAAAUCCACCAUCUAGAGGAGCAGGCAGGGCAAGAGGAAGCGCCGUCGCCUAUAGACUUCAACUCCUCAACCCGAUAACAAUCCACGAGACUCACUUCCAUCAUUCCUUAUUCAUAUAUAUGAAUAUAAAAAAUAUAUAUAUAAAUAUAUGUAUAAAAUGCCACUUUGAACCUAGAGACCAGAAAAACGCAAACCAGAGAUUUUAUUUGGGUUUUAAGAAUCUGUUUUAGCUUUUAUUUUUAUUUAUUUUUUUUUACGAGUAGCUGAGAAUUAUUCAUUUGUUUUGUUUUUUCUCCCCAUUUGUGAUCUGUAAACAAUGCUACGCCUAGUAUAUAAUUGGUGUCUAUGGAACAUUCCCGUUCAUUUUUUUUUUUUUUUUUUUUUUUUUUUUUUUUAUAUAAAUGUACUCCUGAUGCCUUUUGGGGACCCAUACCACUGUGUAGUUUGUACAGUACUCAACUUCAAACGUCCAUGCUGCCUAGAAGAAAGUCCUGUGCCUUAUUUUCUGAAGAUGCUGUUUUAGUGGCUAAAGAAAUUUUAAAAUUUAAUUUUUUUACCCCCAGUACUUGUGUGGAUUUCUUUAGAGGGGGGUGUUUAAUUGAAAAUUGCAGAGAAAGGCCUGACGGAAUAUUUCUGUUUUGACUUUGGCUUCUAAGAACUCUCUGCCAUGUUUUUGUGUUUUGCAUUUCGAUGUAGAGGAGACUGGUACUGAGCUGCUGUAAACUUUAGCAGCUGUAACAGGAGAGGGAUGGUUUGAAAAGCACAGAGGGCACUGGAGUGCAGUGGAAGGUUCACAUCAUUGGCAAGUCUGUAGCGCUUGUGUACAUAAUUUUUUUUUUUUUUUUUUUUUUUGACUGAUCAGCUUCCCAAGUGUGCAUUUAAUUUUUUCCAGAUUGCCAUUUUAUACUGGGACUUUCAGUUUUAUAUCUAAAUAUGUGAUUACUGAAUUUAUUUACUGUCUUAUUACUGUGUAGCCCUAGGUAAACAGAAAUCUUAUUCCAUGUACUCUUUGCCUUAAAGUUAUGCAAAAUAGUUUUUUUUAUUAAUGCUAACCUUGUGUAGAUUUUCAUAAGAUAUAUAUAUUCAUCAUUCUUACACUUUCUGUUUUUUAAAGAGGGUUGCUGUUUAGUUUUCCUAUCAGUGGUGACUAGUUGUAUUUGUGCCUUUCUGCAUCAUUAACCUGAAAUGUACCCAUUGAAGCACAGAGCAGGACCUGUGAUGGUAGAGUGGUGGCAUGCUGACUUUUAACUGGCUUUCAAAGUGCACCUAGUAUUCUCAGUCAUUGUCCUGUUGCCACCAUAGGUCCAGGUUUCUUUCAACCUGGUCCAUUUAAAUGUUGAACAGUUUUGUCAUUAGCAGCUAGUACAGGAGAUCUAGAUGAACUUUGCUUAUUUGGCAGGUAUUGGAGGUGCAUUCAGCAGCUCAAAGAUUAAGGUCUUUCAAACACUGCUGAAAUUCUGUGGCUGUUAAUUGGGCAUUUCUUACUUCAGGGUUAUAUAGCAAAUAUGUCUUAAGACAGACAAGUUUUCCUUUAAGCUUCUUUGAUGUCUAACUGGUAACAAGCACACGGUUUAGUGGGUACAACUGAAUUUCUGCAGAGUAGUGUAACUUCUCCUAAGCCUUUAUUUUCCUUUAAACUUAAUCUGGGGGGAAAACCAUGUUUUAUCUUAACUUUGUAAAAUGGUUCAAAGCAAUAACAUGGUUUAGAAUUUCUCCUUAUAAAUACAAUUCAGGGUUAUUACAGCAUAUCUAGGACCAAAGGUUUUAUUGUGCUUUUUUUCUGUUUUUGACAUGAAACUUAUUCUUUUUGUACUGGUGGUUUGGCUAGUCUCAAUAGCCCCUAUGAAAUAUUGUGGCUUAUAAACCUGGUUGCAUAAAUUGGCAUACAGGAUUGUCGAGGACAAUAGUUGAAAGCUGUAUCUUGAAGUAGAUAAAGCUGACACAACCUCUUCCUCCUUUUUUAAAAGUGUAUUGCAGGAUCUUAUCCAGAUCUGGUGCAAUGUACAGUAAUUGUUUUAAUAGCCUUAAUUUUGUUUGGUAUUUGGGACCAGAGCAAAUAUCCUAGACUAUGCAGCUUUAUUAUCCCAAUGUGCAUUUGCAGCGUUCCUGGUUGGUUAACUUAAAUUGGUGGAAGGAGGAUUGCACAGCUUGUGUCCUCACCUGUGCUGUUUUGCAUCAGAAUCAAUCAGUUUUCUCUGGAGACUUUCCCCCUCAUUUCAGUUAAGAUUCAUCGGUGGUUUUUAGUUAACUCCCAUAUCUGCCUUAAUGGCAUCUAUUUUAUAGGUCCUUAAGUUGCCGUUUCACAGAAUGCUGGGAAAAUCUCCAGAGAUCUGUGGUUCAAAGGGGGGGUGGGGUGGGGGGGAGUAAAUGCAAGCCUUAACAUAAAGAAAUGUAAAUGAUGCCCAUUCCAUGUUCAAGAUGUGUCUGGCUGCAAAGUGGUUGUGGUUUGGGUUUGGGGGGGGGGGGGGGGUUGUUAACAGGAAAGAAAAAAGGUGUAAAUAUUCAUGCUUUUUUUUGUACCAGGUAAAUGGAAGCAAUACAGGUUUUAUAUGGAUCAAACAAAUGUAUAUUUUGAUAGCAACUAUGACAAAAGGUUUUUCAGACAAUUCUAGAACUGUUGAAGAAAAACCCAUUUAAAAGUUUGUAACACAAAAAACAAAAAGAGAAUUAAAAUAUUUUCUAAAAGUUUGUAUCCUCUUACUGCAUUUUUUAACCCAUUGUUGUGUAGCAGUUGAUUUAUGGUUAGUACCUUCUGGAUCUUGUGCCUUCAAUAAAUUUCUUUCUUUUACUCCCUC